AUGUCCAGUCCGUCCGCUUUUUCUCGUACUUAUUGUAAUUUGACAACACCAACUUCACCUAUUGAUAUGUAUUCUCGCGUUAGACAAACAAGGUCCGGAACCACUUCUACGGUUGACAUUGUAAUUAUAGAUAGUGACACUGAGGAUGACGUUGUCCCGUCACAUGGUUCUGACCAUAACAAUUCCUACUCUCGAAAUAAUAUGAACCAAAAUACAUUUGGUAGUCAAAGUUUAUACAAUACACCUGGAGCGAUUUCGUCUGGUAAUGUACAAAACCCUUCGAUCAGAAACGGAGGUGGUCCAAUUCGAGCUAGAACCAAUGCUGUUCGUUCGAAUCCUAAUCGUUCUAGUCCCGUUCGCUCUAAUCGAUUACAAAGUUCUGGAUCUCCGUGGCGAGGUUUAGCGAUAGUAAAUGUCACUACUAUUCAAUCUGUUCAGGGAACAAACUCAAAUCUUCAAUUCUCAUAUCGUCAUCACCGACAGCAUGCAUCGGCAUUCCAUCCUGUGCUCUAUGCAGACGAAAUAACCAUCGCUCCUUCUCAACAUGAUCGUCUACAUUCCCAUGAUAAUGCUACAGGCACUUCUCGGACAUUCCCUCCCAUUUUUCAAACUGAAAAUGCAACCUCCACUACGAUUAAUGCUAACGAUCUUCAGAUCCUGAGUACACCACCUACGUCCACCUCGCGCCGGGAUAAUAAUAUUUCAAAGCCGUCAUUAGCAG